AAUGUGAAGUUUUAUACAUUAAAUAAAAUGAGUGUCCUUUUUAAAAAGGAAAAUUUCUGUGCACUCGAUCACCAGGGUUAUAUUUCAAAAACAUACGAGAAAGUAAUUAUUACACCCGAUAAGUUUAAAUCUUAUGCUCUUGCAGGAUCAAUAUUUUCAAUAUCUAAUAAUUUUACAAGCGAUCUCAAAAGUGGAAAUUCUAGAAAACGAAAAAAAGACAAAAGUAUUAUUAAUCAAGAGGCAUCGUCGGUACAAAUAAAGUUUGAGAAAUUUCUACAAUUUAUAUCAAUAGAUGUUAUUGAACAUUUCAAACAGAACUACAAUUUGGUAGAUACUUCAUCUGUAAGAAAUAUUGCAAAGAAAUACUUUGAAUCUACUAUUUUUGAACAUGCAAACAUAAGUGGAGGAAAUGAUUCAAAUUUGCCAGUUAAAUGUAAAAUUUGUGAUGAUUAUUUCCUAAUACCUCAAAAUUCACGAUUUUUGUGUGGAGAUAUUAAAGAUGGUUGUAAAAAACUUCAUGGUAAUAAAUAUAAUAUUGUGAUAGCAGAUCCUCCUUGGUGGAACAAAUAUAUUAGACGGUUGAAAGCUGCAAACUCUAAGUUAAGUUAUUCUAUGAUGUAUAAUGAAGAUAUAGCAACAAUACCAGUUACAAACCUUUUUGCUGAUAACUGCCUUGUUGCAGUUUGGUGCACCAACUCACCAAGUAAUGUGACUGCCUUGAAAGAGUUAAUAUUCCCUAAUUGGGGUGUAGAGUAUGUGACAACGUGGUAUUGGCUCAAAGUGACCAGAGAUUUGAAACCACUCUGUGAAUUUAACACUGGAUGUAAAAAACAGCCGUAUGAGAGAUUAAUUAUAGGGAAGGUUGGUGAUGUGAAGAAUAUUCCAGAAGAAAAUUUGAUUGUGAGUGUACCAAGUGCAUUACAUUCACACAAACCACCAUUGUUAGAUAUUUUAUCCUCAUACAUAGCACCAGAGAAGCCUCAAGCUUUGGAACUAUUUGCAAGAUACUUACUUCCAAAUACAACUAGUAUAGGAUAUGAACCACUCAAGUGGCAACAUAUUUCACUGUUUGAAGUUUUAGAUCAAAACAAAACAGAUUUAUGUGCUCUCAAUGAGCAAAAUUUGACAUAA